AUGCAUACAGAUACGGAGAAUAGCGCUACCGACACCGAAGCGAUCUCCUCACCACACUUAUCAUCGCCUCUAGACCUUCAAGCCCUCAUUUCCACGGCCUCACCACACCACCCCUCCCAUUGGCCGCUAUGGCAAAAAUGGUCCAUCGCAACAAUCUACUGUCUCCUGCAAGUCGCAGUAAUGCUUCUCUCGACAACGUACACUAGCGUAGAAGCGCCCCUACACACGAAAUUUGGCGGCUCUACACAGGUCAUUGCUCUGGGACAGUCCAUGUUCAUAGUCGGAAAUGCGGCUGGACCCGUGUUUUUAGGCCCGUUGAGUGACCUCGGAGGACGGAAAUGGGUUUAUGUUGGGAGUGUUGCGAUGUAUGGGUUGUGUCAGAUUGGAUGUGCUUUAGCACUCAAUCUGCCCAUGAUGAUUAUCUUCAUGCUCCUGUCUGGCGUUGCAUGUAGUACAGCAAUGUCUAAUAUCGCAGGUACCAUUGCUGAUCUUUUCGGUAAUGCGGAUAAUACUAGUCAGCCGUUGGCGCUCUUUAUUGUGUCGUCGACGUCGGGCUCGAGUCUAGGCGGAGUCGUGGGCGUGUGGAUUGUAAAUAAUCCUAAUAUGGGGUCGAUCUGGAUUUUUUGGAUCAAUGUGAUUCUAGCCGGGGUUUUUGUGUUGAUUUUGGCUAUCUUGCCAGAAACAUUACCCCGAGUUGUGAUAUCUCGAGCGACACGGAGCUCACAAGCAAAGCAAUCACAGUCUGAGAGUGAUGAGCAGCAAAAGGAGAUUACAAAAUUGAGAAUGGCCGUACUCAAAGAAAUACGUGUCAUCGCCGCAAACCUGACAUACCUCAACUUCGUCGCCGGCGUGGUAAUCAUGUUUCUCAUCUUCGUCCCCAUCCAAACAUCCCUCUACAAGCGGGACCGCUUGGAGCACAAUGGGAUCGCACGCCCCGAAGCCCGCUUCUUACUCUCCCUCAUCACUGUGUGGGGAUUCCCCAUCUCUUUGCUCUGGUUUGCAUUUACGUCUAGUGACAGCUAUCCGAAUGUGGCUGGCAGUGCAAUUGCCGCGUUUCUUAUCCCGAGUCAGCUCUUGGCGGCGGGAUGUGUUCAUAUAGGUAUCCUCAUGUUCGAAAACCUGAGCACUAGGUGGGCAUUCGCUAUAUUGGGGUUUGUAUCGUUCGGCGUAGUAGCUUCAGUAUACGUUCUGUAUUUCUGGGGACCGGCACUCAGGAGAAUGUCGAAACUAGCCAUGAACCCGAGCCCGUCUUAA